AGGCAGAAGCCUGGGCGGCGGCGAUGCUGCCUCCUCGGUGAGGAACGCCGGGGAGGUCUCGGCGCGUGAGCCGGCAGGAAGCGCUGAGACACUGCGGGCUGCUAGGAUCGGUGGCUUUCGGGCGACCGGCCGGGCCAUGGUGGCCGCGGGCGGUGGUUGGCGCGGCAUCGCCGCGGCCCGGGGCCGUACGAGGCCGGGACAGUCGCGGUGCUAACCCCCGCGGGGCCCAGCCUUAGCUAUGAAGCGGAGCCGCUGCCGCGACCGACCGCAGCCACCACCGCCUCCCGCCCGCCUGGAGGAUGGGGCUCCGCGGGCGGCCGAGCUGCCUCAGCCCUUAGCCCCGCGCCGGCGAGCGCCGCCUGGGAGGCAGCGGCUGGAGGAGAGGACCGGGCCCACCGGGCCUGAGGGCAGAGAGCAGGAUGUGGUAACUGGACUUAGUCCCCUGCUCUUUAGGAAGCUCAGUAAUCCUGACAUAUUUUCAUCUACUGGAAAAGCUAAACUCCAGCGACAACUUAGUCAGGAUGACUGUAAGUUACGAAGAGGAAGCCUGGCCAGUUCUCUGUCAGGUAAGCAGCUACUUCCUUUGUCCAGCAGUGUACACAGCAGUGUGGGACAGGCCUCUUGGCAGUCUUCAGGAGAAGCAUCAAACCUUGUUCGAAUGAGAAACCAAUCCCUUGGACAGUCUGCACCUUCUCUUACUGCUGGCUUGAAGGAGUUGAGCCUUCCAAGAAGAGGCAGCUUUUGUCGGACAAGUAACCGCAAGAGCUUGAUUAUGACCUCUAAUACAUCACCUACACUACCACGACCGCACUCCCCACUCCAUGGCCACACAGGUAACAGUCCUUUGGACAGCCCCCGGAAUUUCUCUCCAAAUGCACCCGCUCACUUUUCCUUUGUUCCUGCCCGUAGGACUGAUGGACGACGCUGGUCUUUGGCCUCUUUGCCUUCGUCAGGCUAUGGAACCAACACUCCUAGCUCUACUGUCUCAUCAUCAUGUUCCUCACAAGAAAAACUGCAUCAGUUGCCUUUCCAGCCUACAGCUGAUGAGCUGCACUUUCUGACAAAACACUUCAGUACAGAGAGUGUGCCAGAUGAGGAGGGACGGCAGUCUCCAGCCAUGCGGCCCCGCUCCCGCAGCCUCAGUCCUGGACGGUCCCCAGUUUCAUUUGACAGUGAAAUAAUAAUGAUGAAUCAUGUGUACAAAGAAAGAUUCCCCAAGGCCACUGCACAAAUGGAAGAGCGACUAGCAGAGUUCAUUUCUUCCAACACUCCAGAUAGUGUGUUGCCUUUGGCAGAUGGAGCCCUGAGCUUCAUUCAUCACCAAGUGAUUGAGAUGGCCCGAGACUGCCUGGAUAAAUCUCGGAGUGGCCUCAUUACAUCGCACUACUUCUACGAACUUCAAGAGAAUUUGGAGAAACUUUUGCAAGAUGCUCAUGAGCGCUCAGAGAGUUCCGAAGUAGCCUUUGUAAUACAGCUGGUAAAAAAGCUGAUGAUUGUCAUUGCCCGCCCAGCUCGUCUCCUAGAAUGCCUGGAGUUUGACCCUGAAGAGUUCUAUCACCUUUUAGAAGCAGCCGAAGGCCAUGCCAAAGAGGGACAUGGAAUUAAAUGUGACAUUCCCCGCUACAUCAUCAGCCAGCUGGGCCUCACACGGGAUCCCCUAGAAGAAAUGGCCCAGCUGAGCAGUUAUGACAGCCCCAACACUCCGGAGACAGAUGAUUCAGUUGACGGCCGUGGAGCAUCCCUAACAUCUAAAAAGACACCCUCUGAAGAGGACUUUGAAACCAUAAAGCUCAUCAGCAAUGGCGCUUAUGGGGCCGUAUUCCUGGUGCGGCACAAGUCCACUCGGCAGCGGUUUGCCAUGAAGAAGAUCAACAAGCAGAAUCUGAUCCUACGAAACCAGAUCCAGCAGGCCUUUGUGGAGCGUGACAUAUUGACUUUCGCUGAGAACCCCUUUGUGGUCAGCAUGUUCUGCUCCUUUGAGACUAAGCGUCACUUGUGCAUGGUGAUGGAAUAUGUCGAAGGAGGAGACUGUGCUACUCUGCUGAAAAACAUCGGGGCCCUUCCUGUGGACAUGGUGCGUCUAUACUUUGCAGAAACUGUGCUGGCCCUGGAGUACCUACACAAUUAUGGCAUCGUGCACCGUGACCUCAAGCCUGAUAACCUUCUGAUCACAUCUAUGGGGCACAUCAAACUCACUGACUUUGGACUUUCUAAAAUUGGCCUCAUGAGUCUGACAACCAACUUGUAUGAGGGUCACAUUGAAAAGGAUGCUCGGGAAUUCCUAGAUAAACAGGUGUGCGGGACCCCGGAGUACAUAGCACCUGAGGUGAUCCUGCGUCAGGGCUAUGGAAAGCCAGUGGACUGGUGGGCCAUGGGCGUAAUCCUGUAUGAGUUUCUGGUGGGUUGCGUCCCUUUCUUUGGAGAUACUCCGGAGGAGCUCUUUGGGCAAGUGAUCAGUGAUGAGAUUGUGUGGCCUGAGGGUGACGAUGCACUGCCCCCAGAUGCCCAGGACCUCACCUCCAAACUGCUCCACCAGAACCCUUUGGAGAGACUGGGAACAGGAGGUGCCUAUGAGGUAAAGCAGCACCCAUUUUUCAUGGGUCUGGACUGGACAGGACUUCUUCGCCAGAAGGCUGAAUUUAUUCCUCAACUGGAGUCAGAGGAUGAUACCAGCUACUUUGACACCCGUUCAGAGCGAUAUCAUCAUAUGGACUCGGAGGACGAAGAGGAAGUGAGUGAAGAUGGCUGCCUUGAGAUCCGCCAGUUCUCUUCUUGCUCUCCAAGAUUUAGCAAGGUAUACAGUAGCAUGGAGCGGCUCUCGCUGCUUGAGGAACGUCGAACACCACCCCCAACCAAGCGCAGCCUAAGUGAAGAGAAGGAGGAUCGCUCCGAUGGCCUGGCAGGGCUGAAGGGCCGAGACCGGAGCUGGGUGAUUGGCUCCCCUGAGAUAUUGCGAAAGCGGCUAUCGAUGUCUGAAUCAUCCCACACAGAGAGUGACUCAAGCCCUCCAAUGACAGUGCGACACCGUUGCUCAGGCCUCUUAGAUGUGCCUCGCUUCCCUGAGGGCCCAGAGGAAGCCAGUAGCACCCCUAGGAGGCAACAGCAGGAGGGUAUAUGGCUUUUGACACCCCCAUCUGGAGAGGGGGCAUCUGGGCCUGUCCCUGAACGGCCAGUGGAACGGCGGCUGAAGUUGGAUGAGGAGCCUGUUGGCCAGAGCAGAGGUUCCAGUCCAGCUGUGGAGAUUCGAAGUCAUGGGAGCCCACUGGCUGAGGGGACCACAGCCAAAGCCAUCAGUGACCUAGCUGUGCGUAGGGCCCGCCACCGGCUACUUUCUGGGGACUCUAUAGAGAAGCGUACCACUCGCCCUGUCAACAAAGUGAUCAAGUCUGCCUCAGCAACAGCCCUUUCCCUCCUCAUUCCUGCAGAACACCACACCUGUUCUCCAUUGGCCAGCCCCAUGUCCCCACACUCCCAGUCAUCAAAUCCAUCAUCUAGAGACUCUUCUCCAAGCAGGGACUUCUUGCCGGUCCUUGGCAGUUUGAGGCCUCCCAUCAUCAUCCACCGAGCUGGCAAGAAGUAUGGCUUUACCCUGAGAGCCAUUCGUGUCUACAUGGGUGACUCAGAUGUCUACACUGUGCACCACAUGGUGUGGCAUGUGGAAGAUGGCGGUCCAGCCAGCGAGGCGGGGCUUCGUCAGGGUGACCUCAUCACCCAUGUCAAUGGGGAGCCUGUACAUGGGCUGGUACAUACAGAGGUAGUGGAGCUGAUCCUUAAGAGUGGAAACAAGGUGUCUAUUUCAACAACUCCCCUGGAGAACACAUCCAUUAAAGUGGGGCCAGCUCGGAAAGGCAGCUACAAGGCCAAGAUGGCCCGAAGGAGCAAGCGGAGCCGAGGCAAAGAGGGACAAGAAAGGAAAAGAAGCUCCCUAUUCCGGAAGAUCACCAAGCAAGCCUCUCUGCUGCACACCAGCCGCAGCCUUUCUUCCCUUAACCGCUCCUUGUCAUCCGGGGAGAGUGGGCCGGGCUCUCCCACGCAUGGCCACAGUCUUUCUCCUCGAUCUCCCACUCAGGGAUACCGGGUAACCCCUGAUGCCGUGCACUCAGUGGGAGGAAAUUCAUCACAGAGCAGCUCCCCCAGCUCCAGCGUCCCUGGCUCCCCAGCUGGCUCUGGGCACACACGGCCCAGCUCCCUCCAUGGUCUGGCACCCAAGCUCCAACGCCAGUACCGCUCUCCACGGCGCAAGUCAGCAGGCAGCAUCCCUCUGUCACCACUGGCCCACACCCCUUCUCCACCACCACAAGCAGCUUCGCCUCAGCGUUCUCCAUCACCCCUGUCUGGUCAUGGAGCCCAGGCCUUUCCCACAAAACUUCAUUUGUCUCCUCCUCUAGGCAGGCAACUCUCUCGGCCCAAGAGUGCAGAACCACCCCGCUCCCCACUACUUAAGAGGGUUCAGUCUGCUGAGAAACUGGCAGCUGCACUGGCUGCUUCUGAGAAAAAGUUAGCACCUUCUCGAAAGCAUAGUCUUGACCUGCCCCACUGUGAGCUAAAGAAGGAGUUGCCACCCAGGGAGGCCAGUCCUCUGGACAUAGCUGGGACCAGGGGUGUGCUGUCUGGAAAAGCACUGCCAGGCAAGGGAGUGCUGCAGCCUGCGCCUCCACGAGCCCUAGGCACCCUUCGGCAAGACCGAGCUGAGCGACGAGAGUCACUGCAAAAGCAAGAAGCUAUUCGUGAGGUAGACUCGUCAGAGGAUGAUACUGAUGAGGAGCCUGAGAACAGCCGAGGUGGACAGGAGCCAGGAUUGGCAUCCUGUGCAGAAAUGGGCCAGAAUCCAUCCCCCGGAGCAGCAGGAGAGCAUGGAGAAGAGGACACCUUCUUGGCCCAGGACCUGAGGAACCAGGGUCCAAUGGUCCCAGCCCUGUUGACAGGGGUCAUACUGGCGCCUCCCAAAACAGAAGGUCCUGAUGUCCCUCAGAGGAGGCCUGGAAACUCACAAGCCUUUGAGGAGGGUACCAGCUUGUGCUUACCAGACUCCACUCUGAGUGGGUCUGGACCUACCAGCUCUGCCCCUGCUGAAGGCUGCUGGAAGGCCCAGCACCUCCACACCCAGGCACUAACAGCACUUUGUCCCAGCCCUUCAGGACUUGCCCCCACUGCUUUCUCCACCUCUGGGAAGCAAGGCACCUGGUCCUGGAAAUUCCUUAUUGAGGGGCCAGACAGUGCAUCCCCAAGUAGAAAGACAGCAGUGACAAGUGGACAAGCCAACCCCCAGGAUCUGGAAGCCACAGUCCACCCUAAGAACCUAUCUUCUGGGCCAGAGAAACAGCCACAGCCACUCAGUGCACCCGGGCUGACCCAUCAUCCAUCUUGUGAUGUCCCCAGCCCAAGCUGGCUAUGGGAGUCUGAAUGUGCACAAGAAGAGAAAUUGCUGAGCAUUACCAAAGUGCCUGAUGCCUCAGGUGACAGGAGGCAAGAUGUUCCAUGCAAAGCCUUCCCCCUCACCCAAGAAACUGGGCCCAGCCUGCUUUGGAGGGGCCAAGACCCAGGGGUCCGUCAAAAGCAUCAGGACUUGGCACUGGCAUCAGAUGAGUUUUUAAAGCAAACAUAGCAGUUUACCAUUUCUUGCACUCAGACCUGUGUAAUAUACCCUCCUGGAAACCA